AUCGCGCAAGGGUGAAGAUCAGCAGCCGAGGCAGCGGCUCUGACUAAGCAUUACCAAGGUUACUAGGGACUGACAUGCUCCAUGUCAACGCUGACACUGAAACCCGCAGCGUCGAUUCAUGCUGCUGUGCCAGGAUUAGGAGCGGAUUCCACAAUGCCACAUCGACCCGAUAGUCCGGCGGGCCCUCGCUCUGCUCCACACGAGCACCCAGAGGCCAUGGAACUAGCAGACUUUCAAGCAGAUACUGAAGGAUUUCCAAACCAGACGACAACAGGGCCGCCCAUUGACGGCGGACGCGAGGCGUGGCGCCUUCUUCUCGCUGCGUUCGUCUUCGAAUCGCUUCUCUGGGGAUUCCCGCUCAGUUUUGGUGUCUUUCAAGAGUAUUACACGUCGAUUGCGGAGUUCCGCAACAGCCCGUACAUCUCCAUCGUCGGUACUACGGCGUCGGGCAUAUCGUAUCUCGGCGCGCCGUUGGUGAUACCAUUCAUCCGCCGGUGGUCGGGGUACAGGACGCACAUGAUCCUUGUUGGCUGGCCGUUGUGCAUCGUGGGGCUCGUGGCAGGGUCUUUUGCGGAUUCCCUGGGCCCUCUGAUCCUCACCCAAGGAGUCCUGUAUGGAAUUGGCUUCAUCAUAUUCUACUACCCGAUCCUGUCCAUGGUCGACGAGUACUGGGUCCGUCGGCGAGGCAUGGCGUAUGGCCUGCUGUGCAGCGCCUCCGGUGUCAGUGGGGCGGUGACGCCGUUGAGUCUCCAAGCGCUCCUGCACAAGUACGGCCACAAGACGACGCUGAGGGGUGUCGCGGUGUUUCUGUUCGUUGCAACGGGCCCGUUGAUACCGCUGCUCAAGGGCAGACCCGGCCAGCAACAGUCGGUGAGGCUCAGAACAGACUGGUCGUUCUUCAGGACCCCGCUGUUCUGGAUCUACAGCGUCAGCAACCUCCUCAUGGGCCUGGGCUACUUCUUCCCCGCGCUCUUCCUGCCCUCGUACGCAAGGUCGCUCGGCCUGAGCGCCUCGGCCGGCGCGCUACUGCUAGCGCUUAUGAGCAUCUCGCAGGUCGCAGGCCAGUUCACGUUUGGCUGGCUGUCGGACAGGCGCACGUCUGUCAACGCGCUUAUCAGCACGUCGGCCGCAGUCGCAGCCAUCGCGACGUUGGGCGCGUGGGGCGUUGCGCGCUCGAUGGCGCCGCUCGUUGUGUUUGCACUGCUGUACGGCUUCUUUGGCGCUGGGUACACGGCCAUGUGGGCCCGCAUGGUGACGGCGGUCAGCGAGGAGCCGGCGGCGGCGCAGGCCAUGUUCGGCAUGUUCAACUUUGGCAAGGGCGUGGGCAAUAUCGCGGCGGGGCCCAUCAGUGCUGGGCUGCUGGGGUGGGCGCGCGGUGACGCGGGAUACGGGCUUGGGACGUACAAGGCCGUGGUGCUGUUCACGGGCGUGUGUCUGCUGCUGAGUGCUGGCAGCCUGGCGACGGUUCAUGUCAGACCCAAGAUGUCGUGAUUGUACAUCGUACUGCAACUUGGCGCUGUUGUAGGAUUCUGUCCGGGUUUGUUGCAGCCAAUGAGCAGAGCGGCUAAUGUGUUAAUCCGUUUAAGCACAUAUAUUGCAACAGGAAAGAGAAUUGAUGAGAUCAUUGACCUUCGUGUCUAAUGCCAUUUCGUCAAGUGGGUGGUCGGACGUGCCAGGUGCUGUGCAGAGCAUCACUGGCAAAGCUCGUGCUUGGAUGAGUCGGACCGUUGCUCCUACCGGUGUGAUGAUAUCAUACACGUAUGAUUCGAACCAUGACUUCCAAGUACAAUUCACCCGUAUGCGCCGAAACGUGACUUCCGAGUGUAGC